AUGACUUCGCUUACAAAUCAAGUUUGCGUCUUCUCUUUCUUGUUAAUUUUGGCUCACCAAACCUCGGCACAAGAAAUUAUUACGGAAAGUACGCCGGCUUCCACUGAUAGUGUACAAAUAACCACAACGCAAGGAGGCUACACAGAGAGUACUCAGACAGUUACAACACAGGAAGUAACAACUGUCAGUUCUCAGACAGCUACAUCACAGGAAGUAACAACUGUCAGUACUCAGACAGCUACAACACAGGAAGCAACAACUGUCAGUUCUCAGACAGCUACAACACAGGAAGCAACAACUACAAGUACUCAGGCAGCCACAACACAAGGAGCCACAAUUACAAGUACUCAGGCAGCCACAACACAAGGAGCCACAAUUACAAGUACUCAGGCAGCCACAACACAAGGAGCCACAACUACAAGCACUCAGGCAGCCACAACACAAGGAGCCACAACUACAAGCACUCAGGCAGCCACAACACAAGGAGCCACAACUACAAGCACUCAGGCAGCCACAACACAAGGAGCCACAACUACAAGUACUCAAGCAGCCACAACACAAGGAGCCACAACUCUAUGUACACAAGUAUCUACAAUAUCUACAACUGACAGUACUCAGUCAACAACAACACAAGAAGCCACAACUGACAGUACUCAGUCAACAACAACACAAGAAGCCACAACUGACUGUAUUCAGACAGCUACAACACAAGAAGGCAUGACUAUAAGUACUCAGACAGCAACAAGUGACAGUACCCAGGCAUCCACGACACAGGGAGCAACAGCUGUCAGCACUCAGGCAGCCACCACACAAGAAGCUUCGACUUUAAGUACUCAGGCAGCCAUCACACAGGUUGCAACAACAGACAUAUCUCAGUCAGCAACAACACAAGUAGCUACAACUAUCAGUUCCCAGGCAACCUCGACUGAUAGCACACAGGCAGCUACGACUGAUAGUACCCUGACAAUGACAACACAAGGAGCAACAGCUGUCAGUACACAGACAGUCACCACACAAGUAGCUACCACUGUCAGUACUCAGACAGCAACAACACAAGAGGCCACAACUGAUAGUACUCACACAGUGAUAACAGAAGGAACCACAACAGCAAGUACUCAGACAGCAACUACACAAGGAGCUACAGCUACAAGUACUCAAGCACCAACCACACAAGAAGCCUCAACUGCAAGUACUCAGGCAGCUACAUCAUUGAGUACUCAGGCAACCAUGACACAAGGAGCAUCAACUACAAGUACUCUGGAAGUCACCACACAAGGAGCAACAACUGCAAGUACCCAGACAGCAACCACACAAGAAGUCACGACAGCUAGUUCUCAAACAGCCACUACACAAGGAGCAACAACUGGAAGUACACAGGCUGCCACAACACAAGGUGCUACGAUUUCAAGUACUCAAGCUGCCACAACACAAGGUGCAACAACUGCAAGCACUCAGGCAGCCACAACACAAGGUGCAACAACAGCAAGUACUCAGGGAGUCACAACACAAGGUGCAACAACUGCAAGUACCCAGGCAGCCACAACACAAGGAGCCACGACUGAUAGUACUCAGGUUACUACAACACAAGGAGCUACGGCGGCAAGUACUCAGGGAGUCACAACAAAAGGUGCAACAACUACAAGUACCCAGGCAGCAACAACACAAGGUGCAACAGCUACAGCCACAACUCAAGGAGGCACAUCUGGAAGUACACAAACUGCCACAACACAAGGUGCUACGACUGCAAGUACCCAAGCUGCCACAACACAAGGUGCAACAACAGCAAGUACCCAGGCAGCCACAACACAAGAGGUCACGACUGAUAGUACUCAGACAGCCACAACACAAGGUGCAACAAUUACAAGUACCCAGGCAGCCACAACACAAGGUGCAACAAUUACAAGUACUCAGGCAGCCACAACACAAGGUGCAACAACUGCAGGUACUCGGGUAGCCACAACACAAGGUGCAACAACUGCAAGUACCCAAGCAGCCACAACACAAGGAGCCACGACUGAUAGUACUCAGGCUUCUACAACACAAGGAGCUACGGCAGCAAGUACUCAGUCUGUCACCACACAAGGUGCAACAACUGCAAGCACCCAGUCAUCAACAACACAAGUUGCAACAGCUAGUACUCAGGAAGCUACAACUCAAGGAGGCACAUCUGGAAGUACCCAAGCUGCCACAACACAAGUAGCUACGACUGCAAGUACCCAAGCUGCCACAACACAAGGUGUAACAACAGAUAGUACACAGACAGCCACAACACAAGGUGCAACAACUGCAAGUACCCAGGCUGCCACAACACAAGGUGCAACAACAGUAAGUACUCAGGCAGCGACAACACAAGGUGCAACAACUGCAAGUACCCAGGCAGCCACAACACAAGGUGUCACGACUGAUAGUACUCAGGCUGUUACGACACAGGGAGCCAUGACAGCAAGUACUCAGGCAGCCACAACACAAGGAGCCACGACUGAUAGUACUCAGGCAACCACCACACAAGGAGCCUUGACUAAUAGUAGUCCAGCCACAACACAAGGUAUAACAACAGCAAGUACUCAUGCAGUCACAACACAAGGAGCAACAGCUGCAAGUACCCAGGCAGCCACAACACAAGGGUACACGACUGGUAGUACUCAGGCAGCCACAACACAAGGAGCCACGACUGAUAGUACUCAGGCAACCACCACACAAGGAGCCACGACUAAUAGUAGUCCUGCCACAACACAAGGUGUAACAACAGAAAGUACUCAGGCAGUCACAACACAAGGAGCAACACCUGCAAGUACCCAGGCAGCCACAACACAAGGAGUCACGACUGAUAGUACUCAAGCAGCCACGACACAGGGAGCCACGACUGAUAGUACUUUGGCAGCUACAACACAAGGAGUCACGACUGAUAGUACUCUGGCAGCUACAACACAUGGAGCCACGACUGAAAGUACUCAGGAAGCUACGACUCAAGGAGGCACAUCUGCAAGUACCCAGGCAGCCACAACACAAGGGUCCACAACUGGUAGUACUCAGGCAGCCACAACACAAGGAGCCACAACUGAUAGUACUCAGGCAGCCACUACACAAGAAGCUACCACUGAUAGUACUCAGGCAGCCACAACACAAGGAGCCACAACUGGUAGUACUCAGGCAGCCACAACACAAGGAGCCACAACUGAUAGUACUCAGGCAGCCACCACACAAGAAGCUACCACUGAUAGUACUCUGGCAGCCACCACACAAGAAGCCACAACUGAUAGUACUCAGGCAGCCACCACACAAGAAGCCACAACUGAUAGUACUCAGGCAGCCACCACACAAGAAGCCACAACUGAUAGUACUCAGGCAGCCACCACACAAGGAGCCACAACUGAUAGUACUCAGGCAGCCACCACUCAAGAAGCCACAACUAACAGUACUCAGGCAGCCACCACACAAGAAAGCACAUCAGACUCAACUUCAACAAGUACACAGCCCUCUACAACCCAGGCACCUGCUGCUGUUUUUGGCAUGCAGAUAACGCUUACAGUUCAACCGAAUGUGGACUUAAGUGACCAAACCAGCCAGGUGUACCUCAACUACAAAGUAAAAGUAGAAAAAUCGCUGAGUGAUUAUUACAGAAGAAAGCUUGGAAAUACUUUUGCUUCUCUCACAGUUUUGUACAUGAGAAUUGGUAGUUUGAUCGUUAAUUACACCCUCGCAACUAACUCGGAGUCUACAGGGGAGGUAAUCGGUGCUGUACAGGCUCUUGUCCAGCGACAAGAAACGGUCACCCUGGAUAACCAGGCCGUGCAAGCGAGCAAAGGCAGCAUCGAGCCCACGGGGUCAAGUAACACAGUUGAAUUAGAAAGAGGAACAGUAACAGACAGUUGUCAGAUUUACACCUCCAUUAGCGCCUGUUCCUCCGACACUGUAUGUGUGGUCGAAUCCUCAGGAGUCCCUGUCUGCAAACCUAUAGUUAAAAGUGACAACUUUUCGUUGAUCCUUGGUCUGGCAAUCGGCAUUCCUGUGUUUUUCCUGGUAGCGUUCCUCGUGGCUCUGGCCUGUAUCUUAACGAGGAGGCAUCGCCGGAGUAAACGGCUUAUGGAGGAGGACGACUGGGAUGCUAAGAACUACCCCCAUCUUUCCUUGCCAUACAAAUAUGAUAAUCACGGUUUCUACAAACAUCAUUACUUUAUGCCAGAUAAUCUAGAAAUGGAAGUUUUACCAUCAGCCAAAGCAUUUAAAGGAAACGCCCCUUGGAAUGCUGCUGGUUUUGAAAAUUGGGAUGAGUAUCGCAUGCCACGCCCACAAAUGUACCGGUCUCCACAUCCGGCAUUUGUUAGUGACACAUAGGAAGCAAUACUGAUCAUGUGCUAGGAAUGUUCAUCAUGGUGUGAAUGCUGCCAAGUGUGAAUAAACGAGAUGAUACUUACUCAUGCGUAUCAUGAUUGUUACCUGUGUCCGUAAGACCAUCUCAUUCAAAGAAUUGAGAUUGUUCAACAUGUGUGAAAGGUGAUUAAACGCGAAUGAAUAUUUCGUUCAAGUAAAUCAAAUUAAUACAACAUCAUAUGGCGUUUAACUUAAAGAUUGCCAUAAAAUGAUAUAUACAGAGAUUUCGCUGUUUUUACUGCCGAAAAAAAAUUCAUAAGUAUACUAUAGCUUAUGAAGUCAGAGUUUAAUUUAUGUGUGCUAUACUUAUUCGAUUAUGGAAUAGUGUUCGCUGCAGAUUUGUUGAAGGGCAUUUUUUGUCUUUUACAUAUAUAUGGGUAUUUGUGUAUAUUUUGUAUCAGUAUGAAUUCGUUAUUGUAGUGCAAUCAUUAUGAAACUUUGACAUAAUAUGUUUGUUAUAUUUAAUUCAUCGAAAAUCAAAUAUUUAUAUUUUUAUACGUUUUGAUAAAAAAAUUUAUAUGAUUUGAAAACAAUAAAGU